AUGUUGGAGGAGCUCACUCCAUGGGAGCCGCAAACUCGCAUAUCGAACUACAUCGAGUUUGACGACCCUUAUAUCUCGUUCGAGCGCACCAUCCGCGUCCCCGACAAUGGAUCCCUCAACCGCGUUCCUCCCUCGCUGGGCAACUUUCCUUUGUUCAAGACCGACGACUUUGGCGACAAACUUCCUUUGAGCAUGGCCGAGAAAGGCUGGGUCUUCAUCCCCAUGUAUCAGCGGGAAGGCAUGUGUGUCAGCUUUGAGUCCGAGAAGCGAUAUGCGAUCAAGAUCUUCGCUGGAAACGUCAACGUCAUCUCUGGUAAACCGCGGAUGCCCGAUGCUACGUUGGCUUAUCGACGUCCUGGGCUCCCCUCGCAAAAGAAAUUCAUUCAAGAUUACGUCGUCACUCCACCUCAGCCACGGAUCGAUGACGUGGUUACCAAGUCUCAAGAGGUUCGACAAUUUGUCACCAUGCCUGUUGGAAGUGGGCACUCUGUCGAGGGACAAACGACUGACGAAAGACACACAGUAUGUCUUCACUUCGAGGUCACCCGACUUGGUAGUCACGAAGUUGAGGAGCGAGCCAUCAAUAUCAUUGUCAGGGCACUGACCGGCAAGCCCUUAGCGAUGAAGAUCUCUAACCAUGCCUUUAUCAAGGAUAUCCAACAGAAGCUUCAUGAUAUCAACGAUUUUCCUGUUGAUAAGCAGCGACUGAUCUAUCAUCUAUGGAGGAAUAGCUCUUGA